AUGCUUUCUUUAGUGAUGUUUCGCGACAUGAAUCGAAGCGAGCAAGAGAAUUUGUACCGAACUUCGAGGAAGCUAAGUCUCGUGCCGAUCAGUCAGUCAACGUCAAUUGAAAGAAGAGCUUCUACGGCCAUCAAAGAGGAAUCGCAGCAGACCUAUCAUAACGAAGGGGCGUAUAGAAGACACUCGUACAAACAAGAAGACGAUUUUUCGCCAAUCUUGGCGGAGGAUUUGCAACGCGGCUCGAGUCCUGCGAACUACUCAGAGGACUUAGUUCUGAGCGUGCUGAAAAGUCCUGUAAACCAUUCGGCUUACGAUAUACGCGAGUCUAAUUGCGGCUGUUCCUCUAACGAUGAAUAUUGUGCCGCUACGAACAACGAUAGGGAUGAAGACAGGUGCAAACAAACAGGUAGCGAAGAUGAAGACUACUGCGAAAAACUCCCAUUCUUGCAUCGCUUCCGCGGCCCUCGCACCCCUCGCCACGGCGAAUCGCACCACCGGAGGGUGCCGACCCCCAUCAAGAGAUCGCGCAAAAAAGAAAAAAAGGAAAAAAUAUUGGCUGACCAGAUGGUCGACGAAGAAGUAGACGAAGUGGACGAUAUCGUCGAGCCACCUAUCGAUGCUCCUAGGGGCGUCCCCGAUCCGUAUUAUCCUAUUUAUUUGCCCAUCGAUCAGGCGUUUAAAACGAAAUACGUGUUUCACCAUAAACGGGGCAAGACGUGUCAGGAAAGGACUUAUGUGUUUUUGGAACACCCCGGAGGGUGGUUGUGUUUUAUUUAUCAUUUUUCUGUAUUCAUGUUGGUGCUCGUCUGUUUGAUAUUCAGCGUACUUUCAACAAUCGAUACAUAUUCCAAUUUUGCCAACGAAACACUAUUUUGGAUGGAAAUAUGUUUAGUAGUAUUUUUCGGUGUCGAAUACAUAAUCCGCCUUUGGUCUGCCGGAUGCAGAUCGAAGUAUAUGGGUUUCUGGGGUCGUCUACGUUUCAUCAGGAAACCUAUUUGUAUUAUAGACUUAAUAGUGGUAGUAGCGUCAAUUGUGGUACUCACAUUGGGUUCCAAUGGACAAGUUUUUGCAACCUCAGCGAUUCGAGGAAUUCGAUUUUUGCAAAUUCUUCGGAUGUUACACGUAGAUCGACAAGGAGGCACGUGGAGGCUUUUAGGAUCCGUCGUUUUUAUCCACCGACAGGAAUUAAUUACAACGCUUUACAUUGGCUUCCUGGGUCUCAUCUUCAGCAGCUACUUCGUCUACUUGGCCGAAAAGGACACAGUAGAAGAAGAAGGUGGCAAGAAUACAGGGAGUUUCGCAAGUUAUGCUGACGCUUUAUGGUGGGGGGUCAUAACGGUGACAACGAUAGGUUACGGUGAUACAGUUCCAAGAACGUGGAUGGGCAAAAUCGUCGCAUCCUGUUUUAGCGUGUUCGCUAUCUCUUUCUUUGCGCUUCCAGCUGGAAUUUUAGGUUCCGGCUUUGCACUUAAAGUCCAACAAAAGCAACGUCAAAAGCACUUCAACCGUCAAAUUCCCGCCGCCGCCAUGUUGAUACAGUGCCUUUGGAGGUGCUACGCGGCCGACAAAAGUUUCAAUUCGACGGCUACUUGGCAGGUGUACCUCAGUGACUCGAACGGAGGCCCCGUCGUCAAUAGCAAUUCGGCUGGAGCUAGCGGAAGUAACUACAGCAUGCCGCUGUCGAAGUCCCUAAUAUUACAGGUGGCGAAAAAGGCGUCGGUGCUGAAGAGGAGGAAAUCCAAAAACAGAAUGGACAAUCAGGGUUCGAGAACGGAAGUCAACACUCCUGGUCCGGGAACUCCAUUGACAGACAAUCCGACGGCUCCCACGACCAAAGCCUUAUCCGAUACUGACGUCAUGUUAUUUAUGGAUGAGACGAAAGCAGGAACCCCACCGCCGAGCAGAAUACGUAGAGGAGAGAGGGAAAGUGUGAGAGGAGCAGUGUUUACGAGUCAAACUAGCACUGUCACGGAAGCAGCUAGUGACGAUAUCGAUGACAUGGAUGGUGAACUUCCCAGGGUGACACAAUUAACGGAGGCACACAAAAACGCGAUACGAGCCAUUCGAAAAAUCAAAUAUUUCGUAGCCCGGAGGAAGUUUCAACAGGCGCGGAAACCGUACGAUGUUCGUGACGUCAUCGAACAAUACAGUCAGGGUCAUCUCAACAUGAUGGUCCGCAUAAAGGAACUGCAACGAAGGCUUGAUCAGACAUUAGGAAAACCAGGAAGUUACUUAGCAGGAAUUGAUCGAGUAGGAAACGUUAAACCAAUGACAGUAGGAGCUAGAUUAUACAGGGUAGAGCAACAGUUGGGAACAAUGGACAAAAAACUAGACGCCAUAGCUAAUGUCAUAACUGUAUUAGCGCAGAAACAACAAAUAGCUAUAAGAUCAACAGAAGACAACGUCUGA